AUGUCUGUGCUGAGCCCAUUGCUCUGGUGCCUACUCACCCUACUGCUCGUGAACAUACAGUCUGCGUAUGCACGAUCGGUCAAACGAAGCCUACCUGAGGACGGCGAGGUGGUCGCUCACCCCACAGUCCUCAUUCUUGGAGGCGGCGUAGCAGGCGUGAUUGCAGCCCGUACGCUGUACGAGCAAGGCAUCACAAACUUUGUCAUCGUGGAGGCCCGAGGCGAGCUUGGCGGUCGCCUACAGACCGAGACCAUCGGCGUUCCAGGCAACCAGUGGGUAGUGGAGCGUGGUCCGAACUGGGUACAAGGGACUCAAACAGGGGAUGGGCCUGAGAAUCCCAUCUGGGCACUCGUACAAAAACACGGCGUGAAAACCGUAUAUAACGACUGGUACGGGAGCAUGACGACAUACGAUGAGACCGGAUUCUCAAAUUACACUGACAUAUUCAACGAAUCGGGCGACGUGUAUGAUGAAUUGACUGUGGUUGCGGGGGCGCGCGUGGAGCAGCAGCUGGUGGACCUGACCGCACGCUCGGGCUACUCGCUGAUCGGCUCGAAGCCGAUGACGCCUGCGGACAAGGCGUGCGAGUACUAUCAGUUUGAUUGGGAGUACGCGCAGACGCCGCUGGAGUCGUCGUGGAUCGCCAGUUCAUGGGGGAACAAUUUCACAUACGACCCGGACCAGGGCGGCUUCGGCGAUGCAAACGAAAUGUCGAUUGAUCAGCGCGGAUUCAAGUACUUCAUCCAAGCAGAGGCGGCCGAGUUUCUUCAGCCAGAGCAGCUUAUGCUCAACGCGACGGUCACCAACAUCACAUACUCCAGCGAGGGUGUGAAUGUCACUCUGAAGGACGGGACUCUGCUGGUGGCAGCCUAUGCGUUAUGCACGUUCAGCCUGGGCGUACUGCAGAACGAUGACGUUGUGUUCGAACCUUCGUUACCGGAUUGGAAGCAGGAAGCGAUUCAGAGUAUGGCGACGUAUACCAAAAUCUUCCUACAGUUCCCAGAUGACUUCUGGUUCGAUACGCAGAUGGGUCUCUACGCAGAUACCACUAGAGGAAGAUACCCUGUUUGGCAGAACAUGAAUCUCACCGACUUCUUCCCGGGCUCUGGCGUGGUUUUCGUCACCGUCACGGGUGAGUACUCCGUGCGCAUUGAGGCGCUCUCCGACGAAGACGUGCAAGCGGAGGUGCUGGAGGUGCUCCGCGCGAUGUACCCCGACACGACAAUCCCUGAGCCGACCGCGUUCUACUUCCCUCGAUGGCAUACCAACCCGCUCUUCCGCGGGUCCUACUCGAACUGGCCGCCGUCGUUCUUCAGCGGGCACCACGAGAACCUGCGCGCGACCGUCGAGCAGCGGCUGUGGUUUGCGGGUGAGGCGACGAGUAUCAAGUACUUCGGCUUCCUGCACGGGGCGUAUUACGAAGGCCUGGACGUCGCCACUGAUCUGGCGCUAUGCAUACAGGCCGGCGGGUGUGCAGGGCUCGCACACGUACCUGAGAUCAAAAAUGCAUACCCAUACGUCGUUUAA